AGAACUAUAUGCACUGACGCAACCUCAGGAAAACCCACAAUGGCUGCCAAGCGCAAAGGCGGCCUGAAGCUAAAUGCAAUCUGUGCCAAGCUGAGCCGCCAGGUCGUCUUCGACCACGGGGGAGCCGAACAGGCGCGAGCGGACAAGGGGCCGCAGCGGGAGAGCGGCAACAAGGACCUGCCCCAGCCUGGGACCAAGGAGCUGGGCACGGAGUUUUCGGAUGGGCUCAGCCGCGUGCAGAAGAUCGAGGAGGACAAGAGGAGGGAGGUGAUCGAGAAGUGGGUGAACGGGGAAUACAAUGAGGAGCCCUUGCUGGGGCGAGCGGAGGGCAAGGAAUGUAAGGGCGCCGAGAGCACGGAGGUGCCCCCUGAAGGGGUUUACAUGGUGCAGCCCAAGGGCUGCAGUGACGAGGAAGAUAACGGGGACGAAGCAGACGCUCUGAGGGGCUCGCAGGAUGGCAACUUCUUGGAUGACAGGGAUUCAGACGGGCCGGCCUCGAAGGACGAUGCCUACCGGUCCUCCAGAACCGCCUCAGGGGAAGCUUCAUCGCUGCGAGAUUAUGCCGCAACCACCAUGAAUGAGUUCCUGGGCAUGUUCGGCUAUGAUGAUCAGAACAUGCGGGAUGAGCUGGCCCGCAAGAUCAGCUUUGACAAGCUGAACGCUGCUACCUCAGAGGCCACUGCGAGUGCAGCCUCUCUCCUUGGCGAAGAUGCCAUGAGCAAACGAGCCCGCUUCUCCAAGUAUGAGGAGUACAUCCGCAAACUGAAAGCUGGAGAGCAGCUCUCUUGGCCCAUGCACUUGGCCAAAUCUGAGGAGUUGGGCUCCAAGCUGGGCAAAGAAACUUCCUCAGUGCUGGCACAGCCCAUUCGGGUGCCAGGUCCGGAUGCCUCCAUGCUGACGGAGACCAAAGCCACCAUCCUGCCGCUGCCCUCUCCCAGCAGUUCCCAGAUGCAGGGCCUGAUGUCACGGGCCUCCAAAUAUGACUUCUUCAUUCAGAAGCUGAAGACAGGUGAGAGCAUCAGGCCACAAAAUGGCAACACCUACAAGAAGGCAUCCAAGUAUGACCUAGAAAACGUCAAGUACUUGCACCUUUUCAAGCCUGGAGAAGGAAGCCCAGAUAUGGGAGGAGCCAUUGCCUUCAAGACAGGCAAAGUAGGCCGGCCUUCCAAGUAUGAUGUGAGGAACAUUCAGAAGCUUACUCCAGUAAAAGCUCCGGUACCCAGCCUGGCCCCUGCUCCCGUCGCCAGUACCCCCAGCAGCACUCCUGUAGCUGGGCCAGAGCAGUCCGUCUCAUUGCCAUUCAACACUCCUGAGUACCUGAAAUCAACUUUCUCCAAGACAGACUCCAUCACAACUGGAACAGUCUCUACAGUAAAGAAUGGAUUACCCACUGACAAACCAGCUGUCAGCGAAGACGUAAAUAUUUACCAGAAGUAUAUUGCCAGGUUCUCUGGCAGUCAGCAUUGUGGACACAUACACUGUGCAUACCAGUAUCGCGAACAUUACCACUGCCUUGACCCAGAGUGCAACUACCAGAGAUUCACUAGUAAACAGGAUGUGAUUCGGCAUUACAACAUGCACAAGAAACGUGAUAAUUCCCUCCAGCACGGCUUCAUGCGCUUCAGCCCCUUGGAUGACUGUAGCGUGUACUAUCACGGCUGCCACCUGAAUGGGAAAAGCACACACUACCACUGCAUGCAGGUGGGUUGUAACAAGGUCUAUACAAGCACCUCUGACGUGAUGACCCAUGAGAACUUUCACAAGAAGAACACGCAGCUCAUCAAUGACGGGUUUCAGCGGUUCCGUGCCACGGAGGACUGCGGCACUGUGGAAUGCCAGUUCUACGGGCAGAAAACCACUCACUUUCACUGCAGGCGACCUGGGUGUACGUUCACCUUCAAGAACAAGUGUGACAUUGAGAAGCACAAGAGCUACCACAUCAAAGAUGAUGCCUAUGCCAAGGAUGGCUUCAAGAAGUUCUACAAGUAUGAAGAAUGCAAGUAUGAGGGCUGUGUCUACAGCAAGGCCACCAACCACUUCCACUGCAUAAGGGCAGGCUGUGGCUUCACCUUCACCUCCACCAGCCAGAUGACCUCCCAUAAACGCAAACAUGAGCGCCGGCACAUCCGGAGCUCAGGAGUGCUGGGCCUGCCUGCCUCUCUCCUGGGCUCCAAGGAUAAUGAGCAAGAGGAGUCCAGUAAUGAUGACCUUAUUGACUUCUCUGCUAUGAGCUCGAAGAACUCCAGCCUGAGUGCCUCCCCCACCAGUCAACAGUCUUCCGUUUCUCUCAUAGUCCCAGGUGCACCCUCCUCUGCUGCUGACCUUGCUUCCUCACAGGCCAGCAAGUCUGCCAACAGCAUGACACCAGCCACCAAGAUCUCUGGCCUGCUCUCCCAGGCUCUUCCCAGCAAUAUACCCUUGGCCCUGGCACUUUCCAACUCAGCACUUCCUGGAACAGCUGGAUCCUUCUUCCCCAUCAUCCCCAGUCGGGUCUCUACACCACUUCCCGCCAGCUCAGCUAAUCUGAUGACUGCUGGUUCUUCUGGCACCAAUCCAACAUCAUCUGCUCCUACGGAUUCCUCAUCCCAGGCCAUUUCAGGAUCUGUUGAGACAGCGGCUACUUCUUCUCCAGCUCCAGCGGCAUCUAUAAUGGAAAGGAUCUCUGCUAGCAAGGGAUUAAUCUCUCCUAUGAUGGCCAGGCUGGCAGCAGCUGCACUCAAGCCCUCUGUGUCUCUUGAAGCAGGGAAUGGACAACCAGCAGCUCCUGGGCGGUUCAAUCCAGUUCAGGUGAAGCAGGAACCUGUGGAGGCCAUGGGAUCGUCAUCUACCACCAGUCAGGACUCCCUGCAGGAGCACAGCUUGGACCUGAGCGUCAAGGAGCAUGGUAAUGAAUCAAAUGGCCACACAGUCUCGGCAAAUUCAUCUCUUUUAUCCUCGCUUAUGAAUAAGGCUGGGACUGGAGAGCCAACACAGUACUUGGGCAAGGCAGUGAAGGCUCUUGUCCAGGAGAAGCUCUCUGAGCCGUGGAAGAUGUACCUGCGCCGGUUUGGUACCAAGGAUUUCUGCGAUGCACAGUGCGACUUUCUCCAUAAGGUGCAUUUCCACUGCGUGGUGGAGGAGUGCGGUGCCCUCUUCAGCACCCUGGAUGGAGCCAUCAAGCACGCCAAUUUUCACUUCCGAACUGAGGGUGGAACUGUGAAAAGCAACUCUGAGUCUCCCUUCUCAACUACUACUGAGUGUAAGGCUUCACUGGCCCCUUCAUCACCAUCUGCUACUUCUGUCACCAUGGCAAGUGCUCCUGCCCUCGACGCACCUACUCCAAGUCCAGCUGCUGUGCCCUCUGCCCCCACGCUGCUAGCUUGGAAGCAGCUGGCUUCAACCAUACCCCAGAUGCCUCAGAUCCCAGCAUCAGUGCCUAACCUGGCAACUUCACCCUUGGCGACGACUUCCCUGGAGAACGCCAAGCCUCAGGUCAAACCCGGAUUUCUCCAGUUCCAGGAGAAGUAA